CAACACCUUCAGCUAAAUAAAAGGCCAUUGCUGCAUUCUACUUCAGUCAAAUUUUACAGCCAACCCCACACUUGCUAUUCACCAUGAACCUGAUAAAAAUUGUCUUAUUUUCCAUUUUGGCCGCCACUGCUGUCAAUACCUUAGCCAUUGGUUUCGAAGCCGGCUUUGCUGAUGCAUCUAGCAACUCAGAUUGCUUGCUGGGCUCCUCUUGUCUCAAAUACGGCCAGAUCCCGGCAACCAGCUGUAACAUUAAUAACGAAUCUACCGAUAGCGAUGCACUCGCGGGCUUGAAAUGUUUAUGUGGCCUUUCUGACGAUCAGUACUGGAACGACGCCUGGAAAUGUGUCCUGUGUUUGGGCCUCUCUGGCGAAUUUAAUUCCCAGGCUUCGUACAAGGCUAGCAUCUGCGACGACCUUGGUGCUAUCGCUUCUGAUGCCGCUGCUUUUUCUGGUAUUGCUGCUUCCGAUGCCAUUGCUUUUUCUAUUUUUGCUGCUUCCGAUGCUAGUGCUCUCACUGCUGCUGCUUCUAUUUUUGCUUCUGCUGAUGCUUUAUUGUCUGGUAUUGCUGUUUCCGGUGUUGCAGGUGCUUCUGGGACUGGAGUUGCAGGUGCUUCUGGGGCUGUUGUAAGUGCUUCUGGGACUAAUGCAGGUGCUUCUGGGACUGCAGGUGCUUCUGCUGCAACCUCUGCCUCUGCUGCUGCCACCUCUGCUGCUGCCGCCUCUGCUGCUGCCGCCUCUGCUGUUGCCACCUCUGCUGCUGCCACCUCUGCUGCUGCUACCUCUGCUGCUACCACCUCUGCUACUUCUAAGGCUUCUUCUGCCUCUUCUAAGGCUUCUGCCUCCUCCUCCACUAAAGCCUCCUCUUCCAAAGCUGGUGGUUCCAGGAAUGUCGCCGUUGUCGGUGGAGUUAUUGGCUCUGCCCUCUUCCUCUUAAACCUUUUAUAACCCUGGUA